UCAUUUUUACUUUAAGGAAAACGUCGUUGAUUAUAAAUGUAUUAGUGCAACGUAUUAUUUUGAAAAUUAUAAGCAGGAAACAGUCUUGUUUACAUGAUACGUCGCCACAACCCGGACAGUGAUGUUUUUGAAGAUCGUGCAAGUCCAACUUUUAUGACAAGUCCCCGAAAGACGAGCCUCUGUUUGAAAGAGAGAAAUGGCUUCAAAAAAUGAUCCAUUUCAGUUUCAGGAAUUUGACGACGAUGGCAGCCUGUUGGGCGCAAACAGAGAUGCCGUCACCAUUAGUAUUGACAACGACGUAAUACCUGAAAGACAAAAAAAACCUGCAGGUUUGUACCACGUUGACGAGGAUGAGGACUUUUCUGGUGAUGAUAAGACAGAGCUUCUCUCAGGUCAACGUCAAAAUGCUCCUUUCUGGACUUUUGAGUACUACCAAAAAUUUUUCGACAUCGAGACCCAUCAUGUGAAGGAAAGAAUCAUUGGAUCCUUGCUGCCGUGGCCUGGAAAGAACUUUAUUCAGGUCUACCUUCGCAAAAAUCCCGAUCUCUAUGGACCCAUCUGGAUUUGCAUCACCCUUGUGUUUGCCAUUGCCAUUAGUGGAAAUCUGUUCAACUUUCUGGUGCACUUAGGCAGACCUGACUACAAGUACACUCCAGAGUUUCGAAAAGUGUCCAUUGCAGCCACAGCUAUCUUUAGCUAUGCCUGGUUGGUGCCUCUCGGUCUGUGGGGUUUCCUUCUGUGGCGAAGCAGGAAAACUCUGAACUUGGUGUCAUACUCCUUUAUGGAGAUACUCUGCGUGUAUGGCUAUUCACUCUCUAUUUACAUACCUGUAGUGAUCCUGUGGAUCCUCCCAUUUGAAUGGCUGAGAUGGUGUUCUAUUUUAGUGGCUCUGUGCCUGUCUGGCUCAGUACUGGUGAUCACUUUCUUACCUGCCGUCAGGGAUGACCAUCCCAGAGUCAUUGUGGCAACAAUGACUACUGUGGUUGUGUUGAACCUGCUUCUUGCCGUUGGUUGUAAGGCAUAUUUCUUCAGCAAAUCAGUGGAACCUGAUCACAGCCCUGCUGCUGCAGUUGUCAGUGUGAUCAAGACAACAAUUUCAACAUGAAACCAUUUUUACUGUAUAAAGAAAGAAUCAGGUUGCUUGGGUGCUGAAGUCACGGGUCGUCUGGAUUUCACGUGCACCAGGAAAUUCUGGCUCAACACCUCCAAACUCACUCUGUGUGUUAGUGCAACUGCAUGACCUUUGAAAUGUAUACUUUUGCCGUGUAUACAGUAUAUUAUUUCUUAUGGUAUGGGUUUUUAAUGGCCCUAUAAUGGACCAUGUAUUGGAGUACACAGCACACUGCAUAUAUCUACACAAACAGUAAAUGCAGUAAUGUACAGAUAAUUUCUAAACUAAAAAUGUUUCUGUAAUGA